UCCCUGCUGUCGCUCACGUCUCGCUCCAUUCUUGCCUACUUUGCCAUCGCGCAGAUCAUCAUGCCUGGCUUGUUACACUUGCCAUUAGAGAUACGGAACUAUGUUUAUGAAAUCCUUUUGCACGACGCCCUGGAACCGCAGAUUCGCGGGGUGAUGGUGGUUUCCGACACAUAUAUCAGGGAUCACUUGCCUAUGCGGCCGUACCGAGGGCUCUUGAGGACAUGUCGACAGAUCAAUCGAGAGUUCAAACAAGCCAUUCGCCACAUGGCCGCUUCGAAGCGGCUAGACUACGAGUUGGACAUUACCUUCUCUCAUGGUCGACCGUUCUUUUCCUUGACUUGGAAGAGAUUCCCGGCGCUAUCUCCCCUUGUCAACUCUGUUCUCUUCAACAUCGACUUGCGAGUACGGGAUCCGUUCCGUGACGGGUUCUCGGACGAUUCGGUUCCACAUGACCAUGAGCUGGCUCAUCUCCUGGAGGAUCCGAAGAAGAGUUUUGCUGGAUCGUUGUUUGAUUACGCCGCCAUAUUAUUCAAAGCGAUAUCGAAUCUCCUUGUCAGUGGCGACCCGGCCUUUCGUGUCCUUUACAUGGAGACCCUUGUCUUGAAUUUUCGCACGCCGACAAUGCUGGUCCCAGGGUUAGCACAUUUGGCUACGCCAUCACGCCGCGUCAAUGUUGAGCCUGAGGAAGCCAAGAAGUUGCUUGACACAAUGCGUGGUACGCUCCAAGCGAACGUGAAAGCCUUCAAAGGUUUUGAAGCCGCUGAAUGUCGGAACCUAUUUCCCCUUAUCCAAAUUGGACGGUUACGAUUUGCUACAGAAGGAGUAGUUUGGGGCGAGGGGCAUAACAUGAUUUUAGCUCAUGACGAUUUUCAAUGGCUUCGGUAUUGA